GGAGUCAACAUAAAUAUAGGGCUCCUCUUACAAUGAACUUUAUCAGUAAUGAAACCUUUUUAUGGCUGCCAGAAGGUUACUGAAAAUGUCUGUCCCUGAAUCAUGGGUAUAUCUCUGGAUCCAAGCUCAGCAAAUGACACAGCUGCUUGCUGCCAUAAAUGGACUGGUCACACUACAAACCGUAGCUACUUUGGCGCCUCCGACACCACUGCCUGUACCAACGGCGCCGCCACUUCAUGCCUUCAAUCCUGACGUUGAACGCUGGCCAGAGUACAUCACCCAGCUUGAGGCACACUUCGCAGCAUACAACAUACCAGGUGUGAAAUCAUAGAUGACACUGCAGAGGAACUGAACAUGUCCAUGCAUGAAGCCACAAGCACAUCGCAUUGCACUUGACCCAAUGUGGAAGAUGCAGCAGGCAGUAUAUUUUCCGCAGUUAUUGGCACCAAUCGACAGUUCACUGGGGCAACCAUGAGACAGAAGUUAUGUAGAAAGUUUACAGUGAUUACAGGGCCAGGCACACCUGCAACUUUGGUUCCAUGUUGGGUGGAACUUGGAAUCCAGGUGCAUGUUAACUGCAGUCAUGAACUCUUCACCUGAUGUAUGGUUAUACAUAAAAAGUCAGCGUGAUUGGUUGACUUCAGAAUGUGUGAUGUUGGCCAGUGACAUAAUCUUCCAUAAUCAUGAAUGUUCCAGGGCCACUGUCUUAGCUGUUGUUGAAUUUUGCUUAUGUGGAAAUUCCACCUAUGCUGUUUGUGAUGACGUUUGCAUAUUUUUUUUAAUUGCAGCCUUGAUAACAAUGUGAACCACUUCCUUCAACACAGUGUAACUCAGUUGAUACAAAGUUUCUUCUGUCCAGAUGUGAAAGCACUAUAUUAAAUUUAUAAAUGUUAUUGAACACCCUGUGCUGCUGAAAUACACAUUCAGCUUGCAUGAACUGGGACACUGGUCACAUUGGCCAGAACACAAGAAGCUUAAAAUUUUUGUGUUGAGUAUAUGUACCCACACCUUGCAAGUUCGAUUCUGCAGUGAAUGAAUAACUUAAUGUACCCUAUUCUACAUCCAUUCACAAAACUGCAACAUUUUUGCAGGGUCAUCCAAUUUAGGUUCUUGUGCUACAGUUAGUUUAUAGGACUGCAACUUUAACAACUUCGUAGCUAUUUGAACAGAGUCACAGGAAAGUACCAUUUGCAGAGAAAUGAUCUUCUAGGAGACCAUUCCAGAGCAUGUUCAUUGCUACUCAGGGUUUCUUCUGUGAGUACUGUACGUGAUUUUCUAUCUUUUCUGUCAAGAACACUUCCCGUUUCACAAAAUUUAUUAACCAGUCAAUGAAUCGAGCUCUGAUUAGGAACUUGAACAUCAGGAAUUCUCUACACACUCACACACAAAUCAUAUAUGAACACAUGGAAUACUUAUAUUUUCCCAUUUCACUUGAAGCACUUUACCUUAAUACACUGUAUUGCAUCACCUAACUAACAGAUACUACUUGCCCAAGUUUUCAACUCAUACAGAAUGCUUGUAGGGGAAGGGGAAAUAUACAGGGUGAUUUCAAUUGAUCUUCCACUGUUUGAGAUGGCCUCAUAACAAAUGAGUUACUGCAGGUCAAUGAAACUUUGUGGAAACAUUCAUGCGUUCUUUUUGUGCCAACCUGUAUAAGUCGCCAUCACAAUUUCCACAGAGCUAGAGGCACAUGUGACAGAACCACUGCUCAGAACUACACAACGAGGUGAAAUACUUGGCAAGGGAGUUUUCACCCAGGCCUCAGAUUAUUAAAGACAACCAAGGGAACAUCAUAAGAGAUGCAAAAGGCAUCACCAAAGUACAGAGAGAAUAUGGCAUCAAGCUGUUCACUGAAGCUCACAGCCAAUGUCAAGAUACCAGAACACAACAGACAAUGAAUUAGUGAUCCUCAGAGAAGAUGUGGAACAUGCACUGAAAAAGUUGUGGAAUCAGAGGGUACCAGGCCAGGAUGGAAUUACUGCCGAAAUCCUAAGAAAAUGGGUAACUUGGAUGUGGACAUCUUGCAUAGGCCACGUCAGAGGAUCUGGGUGUCUGGAAAUCGGCCAGACCUACGCUACCACUCCAUUUUCAUACCACUGUUCAAGAAAAGUUCUCCACUUAAUUGUGUGAACUAUCAAGUGACAGCCCACAUCUCCAAGCCAGUAAAAUCUUGCUCACUAUAUUAAACGCGAGGCUGAACACCUUCUUACUUCUGCAAAUAUCAGAUGAACAAAACAGGAUUGCUCCAGGCAAGAGGGCAAGAAAACCCAAGAGCAGAUCCUAAAUAUCUGACAGUUCAUAGGGAAGGCAAGGGAAUAUAAUAUCAAGAUAUUCAUGUGCAUGAUGGAUUUUAAAAAAAGCUUUCAAAAAGGUGAAAUGGUCAAAGCUACGGAUUAUCCUCAUUCAGAUGAGUACACCGAGACACCUCGUAUAUCUGAUCUGGCAACUGUACUUUUUGAACAAAGUGACAAUAAGAGUCAACAAUACCAUCUCAGAAAUCUUUUCUACUGAUGCCAGCAUGAGACAUGGUUAUAUUUUCUCCCUAAUGUUGUUCAAUGCACACAGUGAGCACUUUAUGAUGGAGGUUCUUGAAGAAUGGUGUAAUGACAUCUUUAUAAGUGGCAGAAAAAUUAACAAUCUCAGGUAUGGAGGUGACACUCUGAUAACUGCAACAGACAACAUCAACUUGAAACCAUCAUAGGAAGAUUGGCUGAACAAAACAGAGAACAUAGUCUUUAAAUCA